UCAUCGGGCUCUGCGGGGAAACGAGAUGAUCAGCCCUAGCGCUGCAGCAAAAUGCUGGAUGGACACCUCCUUCUGGGAUGGCUCUCCUCCUGCGCGCUCCUAGUGCUGCUCGGCGGCGCCCCGGGACCCUCCGCCGCCUACUUCGGGCUGACUGGGAAUGAACCUCUGACCAUCCUCCCUCUGACUUCAGAAAUGGAGGAAGCUGCCGUCAAGGCCCAUUACAAAGUGUGCGACCGCCUGAAGCUGGAGAAGAAGCAGCGCAGGAUGUGCAGGCGGGAUCCAGGGGUGGCCGAGACCCUCGUGGAGGCCAUCAGCAUGAGCGCCCUGGAAUGCCAGUACCAGUUCCGCUUCGAACGGUGGAACUGCACCCUUGAGGGGCGCUACAGAGCCAGUCUGCUGAAGAGAGGUUUUAAGGAAACAGCCUUCCUUUAUGCUAUUUCCUCGGCCGGGCUCACCCACGCCAUGGCCAAGGCCUGCAGCGCUGGGCGCAUGGAGCGCUGCACCUGCGACGAGGCCCCCGAUCUGGAAAACCGAGAGGCCUGGCAGUGGGGCGGUUGCGGUGACAACCUCAAGUACAGCAACAAGUUUGUCAAGGAGUUCCUAGGGAAGAAAUCCAACAAGGACCUGCGAGCCAGGGUGGACUUUCACAACAACCUUGUGGGCAUGAAGGUCAUCAAAGCUGGCGUGGAGACUACUUGUAAGUGCCAUGGUGUGUCCGGAUCCUGCACUGUCCGAACUUGUUGGCGGCAGCUCUCUCCGUUCCACGAGAUCGGCAAGCAGCUGAAGCAGAAAUAUGAGACGUCCCUCAAAGUGGGCAGCACCACCAACGAGGCAACGGGGGAAGGGGACAUCUCGCCACCCAAGAAAUCCACCCCUGGCCACAGCGAUCAAAUCCCAAGGACUACAGAUCUCGUCUACAUUGACGAUUCCCCCAGUUUCUGUCUGAUGAGCAGGUAUUCACCUGGGACUUCAGGAAGGAAAUGUUACAAGGACAAGAACUGCGAGAGCAUUUGCUGUGGCCGAGGUCACAACACACAGAGCAGGGUGGUCACGCGGCCGUGCCAGUGCCAGGUUCGCUGGUGCUGCUACGUUGAGUGCAAGCAGUGUACUCAGAGAGAAGAAGUUUAUACCUGCAAAGACUAAUGCAUGCUCUGCCUAAUGGAUAUCCUCUGUGGUGGGAGAUUAUGAUCUAUGAGAACUACACAUGGAGACAAACAGGGUUUGACUGACGUUCUAGGAUCUGAAAGCUAUGUUGAGACAUAAGCACUUUGUAGGGUACAGGUGACCCAGCUGUGUUGCUGUUUUUUGUUUUUUGUUUUUUUCUGUAGACUGAAUUUUAACCAUGAGGUCCAACCGUGUGGAAAUAAGUGCCUGUCACAUUGGGGUUAGGUACCAGUAGACCCUCACCAAAGCCGUCCAUGAACCCAUCAGCUUGAUAGAUCACUCACUUAUCUUGAGGUUUUGAUUAUUUCACCAGUCCUCCACAAAACUCCUGGAAAUCUACCUGACUGUCCAGACAGCCAAGCAAAUGAACGAGAGAAACUGACUUAGGAUCUUUUUGCCUUGAAAAGUUGUGGUCAAGGUAGUAGUGGCUUUCUAAAGAUAGGGGGUGGGCUGGAUGUGGGUAAAGCAUAGACAGUACCAAUUGUUCCUCUAGUGGAAUUUCUGCAGAUCUAGCAUACGAAGCUCAGACCCACUUUUGAGGGUAGCUCUUUGUCCAUCUUAACUCUGGCUCCAUAUCAGUGUGUUUUUUUGGAUCAGUGAACAUAGCUUCAGAAAUGUUGAGGUCCCUCCAGCUCGCCAUGUUGCAGACAACAAAAAGUUUGGGAAGAGUUCCAAGACACACUCGCCCCCUUCACUCUGAUCGGACACUCAUCCUCUUCACAUGUUCUUCAGAUGCAGGUUUUUAGCACUAUCACUGUCUUAAUUGAAAAAAUAAAACCACUAGCAGACCUUUCACUUUUCAUUUUGUAUAGGGUUAAUUUCUCUUUCACUGCUUGUUGAUUAGACUCACCCUGUGGCAGCUGCUUCAAAAACCCAAAUGAGGACUCUUUAGCCUUUAUCUAGGCUGAAUUGGAACUUUUUUUGUUUUGAUAGUCGGCUUAUGACCAUAUCAAUUCCGUUGCAUCUCAGAAGGCAAGGCUGACUUGAUGCUUGCGUUGUAUAGCAGCCAUUCUGGACUGGAUCGGACCUUUUGGCGAAGAUUUUAUUUUACUAGUCAGCAUUCCAUUUAUUCUAGAACAUGGCACAAGCUAUAUGUAAGACCCCAUGACUUUAAGCUUUUUUUUAACCACUAGAUUGAGAACCAUAUUUUUAAAGGUAACAAACCAUGGGAUUCCAAAUGCCGAGUGAACAUAUGGUUCUACCCAACGGUGGACAAAGAAACAAAAGCCAAAUGCAAUGGCCGAGAGCUCCAAUGCUGUGAACUAGAUGACAACCGUCCCUUUUUUUUUUAAGAGGAUAUUUACAACCUAGUACUUGAUGUGGCAAUGUUCUUCGGUCAUAUAACACUGCUGGGAUCAGAAGCGGCUGGUAAAUGCCUUAACGAAGCUUUCUAAGGAAACACUGGAGAGUGGAGGGCAUUUUUUUUUUUUUUUUUUUUUGGUAGCAGUCUUUGAUUGUCUAGUAGUAGUGAUUGUCACUAGUUGAUAACCCAUAUCUGGCUUUCAAGGGAGGAAGGCUGACUGGCUAAAUUUUUUUUUUCUUGGCUUUCAAGGACAAGUAGAUGGUUGUGUAACAAGAGCCAUAUGACCUUCCAGGAAGGACUAUCAUUGGAGCGUCUUCUCAAAUAGUAGCCACUAAUAUUUAAGGUGUUCAUGUGCAUCUACUGGGAGGGGAUCUUUUCCUAAUCAACAGAUAACUACAGUCCAGCCUGGCCUGUUGGCAUACUUUUUCUUCUGGGUGGGUGGGGAACAGUGCGGGAGGAAAGAUGUUUUUUUCCCUUUUUUUUUUUAAAUAGCUUUACGAUCCUGCAAAGCAAAACAUACUAGCUCUUUCUUUGUACACUUCUGGAGACUGGGUGCACUGGGGAGGGUGGUGGGUAGUUCUGGGGCACCACCUGUCCUUUCUGGUGACCUCUGUAUGGCAAAUGCACAUCGACGCAUUGAAUGCGAGGUAUAAGGAGGAUUCCGCGACUUCUGCCAGAUGUGCCAGUUCGAAAGUCGCACACAAGCAGUUUACCUGGUGGUUUGUUUUUUUUUAAAUAGACUGAACAGAAACCUAUUAGUCAGUGUGGAUAUAUAUGCAUAAUUAUAUAUAAAUAUUGAACGAACAUUUAUUUAUUGUAAAGCCUUUCAGAAGGACCUUGUGGUUUCAAUGUGGUAUUAUGUCCAAUCUCUCUCUGACACAAACUCAUUGCAGUAAUAUUUUCAUAUCACCUUUUUUCCCCAAAAGAGGCUUAAACCCAGAUCCAAACAUACCCCAAACUUGAGGAAUUUUAGAUUUCAGUGGCUGGGUCCAGACCCCUCUCUACUCUCAGCAGGACAGAUACAUGCUGGAUUUCAUUUAGUUUUUUGUAACUGUGGGGCCUGAUUUCCCCUCUUCCCCCCCCCCCCCCAUCCUUUUUAACCUGUGUAUUCGUAUGCAUUGACCUGUCUGGGGUAACACCACACUUUUGUCAAUGCCAGAGGACAAUGAAGCCCUAUAUAUGUAUGGAGAGGGUGUGGCACUGACACUGAGUUUGGGGGUUGUGGAUGGGACACAUCAAAUAGGGUAGCUUGCACAUGGUGUAUAUUUCCAAGCAAUGUGUUUGACAAUGGAGAGAGAGAGGCUGGGGCAAUAAGGCAAACUAAACGAUCACAGAGAGGUAAAAGGCAAAGAGUGAAUGAACUACUGAGUGAAAGAGCUCUUCUGUGUAUUAUAAUUCACGCACUGAAGCCUGGAUGCUUUCUGUAAGUAUUUAAAAACAAAUUGUAUUUAUGUUAAUUUGGAUAUAUUACUUUCCUGUUAUAUAUUGUAAAUAGUAAGGUUUAUUCUCCUGUGGUUAAGCAAAACUAUAAAUAACUAAAAUAGUAGCGAGGCACAUGCAUUAAAUGUAUAGACAGUGUAUAAAAUAUACUAACACCCUGAAAUCAGAACUUGCCUUUUUGACCUAAGGAGGUAUAACAUACACACUUGGUUUUGUUUUUAAAUCCCAGGGGUUUCCACUGUUUGCCUUAUUUUUGGAAAAUAAAUGGAUUGGGAGGGGGGGGGAAUUAGGUCUCUCCCUCAUGGGAAGGUCCUAUAGAACUUAAUUAAGAUGGAUCCAGUAGUGUCUUUACAGAAAUGCUUCUGAACGCUAAAGAGAAUUCUAAUAGUUCCUAAGUCUUCUCUCUAGGUUUUUUUAAAAUGAUCUUAUGGAAUUUACCAGAGAAUUUAUAUCCCUGCUGGUAGCUCAAAAAACCCUGUAUAAGACAUAAAGAUAAGCAUCUGGAGGUUGCUCUAAACAUCUAUUGACUUCAUCCAUAUUAAGUUCUACUUUUCCAUAAGGGCUGGUUUUGCUGUCACUUAUGCCAGUGUAACUCCAUUGCAAUUACUCAUUAUAUAAAGCUGGUAUGAGAGUGGAAUUGGACCCUGUCUCUGUCAUGGUGCCAUUUUACAAGGAAAGCAAAGCUUAAGCUUUUCUUCUUUCUAAAAUGGACUCCUGCAGCAGAUAUAACUGGAGAGGGAUGGCAGGGUGUGUAUGGGGAGCUUUCUGCUGUCCCCUCCCCCUCCAGUGUUUACGGGCUGGUUCUCCUUUAUCUGAUCCAGCAAGACUUGGAAGGUAGUGGGAGGGUGCAACCAUUAUUUAUAUAAUUUUAUUGUAAUUUUUUAUAAUAAAGAAGUUAGCCGAUGGAAAAAUACUUUUUUGAGCAGUGCGUUUAGUUAUGUCAGAAAUAUAAAAAUAUUUUUUGUAAACCAGGCAAACUGAAAACGUUUGUUUUAUAUUAGAUUUUUCUAUUAAAAAUAAUAAAUCCCACAAGAAUAAUUGUUGCACCCAUCAUCUCUUAACAAGCUUCUGAACUCUGCAACUGACUUCCAUAUAUUGGAUGUGAAGAAGUGCAAAACCAAUCCUAAAUGUUACAGUACUGUUCUCUUCCAACUUCAGAGGCCUUACCUUGGCAAACCAAGUAGUAUUUACCUUAAGGUGACGACCGUGUUUGUCCAUCCAUUCCUUCCCUCACACUGAAACGAGAAUUUCUGAUCAGAGGUGGAGGGAAGCAGAAGUUUACAGUAAAGAUGCCCAUACCUAAAAUUUGUCAACUGAACUUCUAAGAUCUGCUCUGUAUCGGGUGGAAUAUAAUGAAUCCAGGGCCAAAACCACUGUCCCUGAAAUGAAUGAGGCUUUUGCUAAUGAUUUUUUCAGUUGGAGCUGCAGAGGUGGCUAUUAGGAAAGCAAUGGGGGGUGAGAGGGGAGGAAUGAACACAUGGAAGGGUUUAAACAGGCAGGACCCAAUUCUGGCCUCCAUCACACACCGCUCUCGCUGACUUCAGUUCAGUAGUUGCAUGCGAAUGUGAGGCUGGAAUUGUCCGUUGCAGCUAAGGAUGCUUGGCAGUCCUCCUUGGAGGCAAAGGAUAGAGUUGGGGACCUGUUGUCAAAAGCCAUGACUUACUGUAGCUGGCUACUUUGGAAAGGAACGUGAAGGGGAUGAGGGAGACUUAACACCUGUCAUGUCCUCAGCCAGCCAUCUACACUCCUUCCUGUAAGGAAAUACCAGGAGGGUGGGGGCCUGCAAACUUACUCUUUCAUUUGCUCCACUUUUGCCAUGGGCAUUAGCCAUUUCUCCACCUUUUUGCCAAGUAUCAAGAGUACAAGCUUGAGGAGGGAAAACCUUUCUAAAGGGUCACUGCUUGGAAGGGAGCGUUUAGAGGAGAACGGUCACUUGCAAACACUACUUUUAAUGCUCGUGAAAUGUUCCCAGCAGACAUCCCAGGAGAGCUGAGGCCUUUCUGUAGCCCACAGAACAGCUGCAGGCCAUGCAAUGCCAUUGCUAGCUUCUUUCCUGUUCAUUUCCAGCAGCUACAUAGUUAAUGCAGAAAAUCUCCAGUCUCCCUCACCCGUUCAGUCCUUGGGUUAUGCAUUGUGGGUGGCUUUGUAAAAUGGGCUUCACCUGAGAGGUGCUGUGUGCCUUCCUCUCCUAUUGAUGUCAGUGUGAGGUGGAGGAUGCUCAGUGCCUUGCAGGAUUGAGCCUGUAGACAUCUCUCCAUGAGGACCUGGACUGAGACAGUAAUUUACUUCCCUGCAAGUUGCCAGAUGAUCGCUGAAUUGGUGACUGGAUUUAGAGUGCAAUGUGGGGCUAGAAUUGGAUCAGCCCCCCUAGAGGGAAAAGGGUCCAUAAUACAGAACACUUGAAUCUCCAGUCACUUCUCAGCCUAAUGCUAAUGGUUAAAGCAGAGAAAGUAUCUCUGAUGGGAAGUUCUAUAGCUCCAAAGCUUGUAGGAAAGAGUAGAACAGAAAUGCAAACAGCACCUUCACUUGGGUGCCAUUUUAUGCUAGCUCUUACUUUAAAGGGAUCAUGCUAAGUGGAAAACCGAAGUUAAUGAAAUACAUGGAAAUGCAGUUCAAUUGGAUCCCCCUCCCCCCCAUCCUUUGUGUUCAAAUGCACACGGCUCAACGUUUUCUGAGAGCCAAGCUUUGAAAAGUCACUUUCUUACCACAACCCGCUCUCCCAUUGCGCAUGCUGUAUUCGUAGGGUUGUGCUGGGCUGGCCUCCAUUCAGUAACGAGUGUAGAAGCACUUAGUCUCUAAGGAGUUGGAGAAAUGCACUUAAAUAACACAAUUUGCAAAGAGGUAUGAACAGGAAGCUGGGUUGCCUGUUGCAUUUAUCCCAGCCUUGCCAGCUCUCUUUUUUUUUUUUUUUUUUUAAAUGAACCCAACCCAAACUAGCCUUUUCGUACUCUGCACGUGACCCUCCCUUUCCAUUUCGCUACAGUUCCCUGUGAGGUCUGAAUGUGGAGUCUAGGAUUUGUUUUGUGCACUUGAGAAUGGCAUUUCCUUUUGCAAUGGAGAUGGGGGACUGAACACUAACAUAUGAAGGAUUAGUAUUUUCUUUGGGUUUUUUAAUGUCUUAUGGGAGCCUAAGUUAUUUUUCUCUACCUCAUAUGUACAGCUUGUAGGUAUAAAUCUGAUUCUGAGUGACUGUUGAGAAUGUAUUUAAGUUAUUUAACAUCUUUGUAUAACAAAAGCCAGAACAAAUGAAACAAUAAAUGUAUUUUAAAUUA